AACCCAUGUCUGCGACUCGGUUCAUUCUCUCCCUUUUAAUUUGGUUUUUGGUUGCAUCUCUCAGCUCUCACGUUCCCACGCUUCUUAUGUUACUGCUACUGUUAACAGUGAACAUGUUCUCUCCAUGCUUGUCGUGAUUCCCUUCCCCUUUCGCCUCCAUUAUCACUCACAGUGUUCUUUUAAACCUCAGAAUCUCUCUCCUUCGUUCAAAUAUUAAAAUCUACAGUAGUUUUUUUUAAAAUGGUAGGAAUAUUUUUUUUUUAUUAGUUAAAAUGUAUUAAAAUUAUAAAAAUAAAAUAAUAAAAAGACAGAUAAAUUUGAUAUUUUUAAAUCAAAUAUAAUUAAUGAUAAAAAUAUAUUUAAAAAAAGUGAUAAACAAUGCAUUGUUUAUAGUUUUUUGCUUAAAUUCUAAUUCUUCCCUGUAAUCUCUGUCUCUGUCUCUCUCUACAUAUGUAUAUUUAACAACUACAAUUAUUCCAGCUCCCUUACCUGUUUUUCCUUCUUCUCUCUACCAUCAACAUCUCUCUCCUUUCGUGCUACAUUCCUGCGAUCUGCUGGCUUUGGUUGUCAAGCCAAAAUGGCAGAUGCAAAUCCGGAUACACCCUUGAUGGCAUCAUCAUCGCGGAGUCUUCCCGAUUUCAAGAAGUCUGUUAAAUUGAAGUAUGUUAAGCUUGGUUAUCAUUACCUCAUCACCCAUGGAAUGUACCUCUUCCUUUCCCCCCUAGUGGUGCUGACUGCUGCACAGCUUUCCACCUUCUCCCUGCAGGAUUUGUAUGAUCUUUGGGAGCAUCUACAAUACAACUUGAUAUCUGUUGUCAUUUGCUCAACUCUCCUUGUUUUUCUAUCCACCCUUUACUUUCUAACUCGUCCUCGACCGGUGUAUCUUGUCAAUUUCUCCUGUUACAAGCCUGAAGAAUCCCGGAAAUGCACGAAAAGGAUUUUUAUCGAUCAUUCCCGGUUGACCGGUUCUUUCACAGAGGAAAAUCUUGAAUUCCAGCGAAAGAUCCUUGAGAGAUCUGGCCUUGGGGACUCUACUUACCUUCCAGAGGCUGUCCUCAACAUUCCUCCCAACCCUUCGAUGAAAGAAGCAAGAAAAGAAGCCGAGACUGUGAUGUUUGGUGCCAUUGAUGAGCUAUUAGAUAAGACCUCUGUAAAGCCUAAAGACAUCGGAAUUCUGAUUGUAAAUUGUAGCCUGUUCAACCCAACUCCAUCGCUUUCUGCAAUGAUUGUUAAUCAUUACAAGCUUCGGGGGAAUAUAAAGAGCUACAACCUAGGUGGGAUGGGUUGCAGUGCAGGGCUGAUCUCAAUUGAUCUUGCUAAAGAUCUUCUCCAGGCCAAUCCCAACUCAUAUGCUUUGGUCAUUAGCAUGGAGAAUAUUACAUUGAAUUGGUAUUUUGGAAAUGAUCGGUCAAAGCUUGUUUCCAAUUGUUUAUUUCGUAUGGGAGGAGCUGCAGUUCUGCUUUCUAAUAAAAGAUCUGACAGAAGAAGAUCCAAAUACCGAUUGGUCACCUCUGUGCGCACUAAUAAGGCUGCUGAUGACAAGUGCUUUAGCUGUGUUACCCAAGAAGAAGAUGACAAUGGCAAAAUUGGUGUUACUUUGUCAAAAGAUCUGAUGGCAGUUGCAGGUGAUGCUUUAAAAACCAAUAUCACUACACUGGGUCCUCUUGUACUUCCAACGUCCGAACAGCUGCUAUUCUUCGUCACGUUAGUUGGGAAGAAACUUUUCAAGAUGAAGAUCAAACCUUAUAUUCCAGAUUUCAAGCUAGCUUUUGAACAUUUUUGCAUUCAUGCUGGAGGCAGAGCUGUUUUGGAUGAACUAGAGAAAAACUUGCAGCUAUCUCCUUGGCAUAUGGAGCCAUCAAGGAUGACACUUUAUCGAUUUGGAAACACCUCUAGCAGUUCGCUGUGGUAUGAGCUGGCUUACACAGAAGCCAAAGGCAGGAUCAAAAAGGGAGAUAGAACAUGGCAAAUAGCGUUCGGUUCUGGAUUCAAGUGUAACAGUGCAGUGUGGAAGGCUCUCAGGACCAUCAAUCCUGCUAAGGAGAAGAGUCCUUGGAUGGAAGAGAUUGACCAGUUUCCGGUGGAUGUUCCUAGGGUAUCUGCCAUCUAAAACAAUGACAUUUAUGUAUUUGUGUAUCACUAUCAGCAUUAGAUGGUAGCUUUUGGACUAGUGAAAUACUCUUACUAAGUUAUCGUAAUACAUUACUGUUUUCAGAGUAUUUUAGGAAUUUUAUUAUGCUAUGCUACGUACUAGUAGGUCUAACUUGGGGUAGAUUUUGUUAAAUCCAAUUUAAUCAUGGACUGGUGCUUGAGCUUUUGGUUGCUAUGAGAUGUGUUUCUCAGGAAUGUAUUUAUUGAUUGCUCUGUGGAUUGUGUGAUAGUAAAUGCUUAGGGCAUCUGAAAUGUAAUUCCCAAUCUCAACCGUGGCUUGUCCAGUGAAAUCAAAAUUAAACAAUUCCAUU